UGCCGCUGCGCCGGGGCCCGGGAGGCUGCGCGCCGAGCCGAGCGGAGUCUGGGAGGGAUGGAGAGCGGGCCGCCCGGGCUGCAGGAGCACCGGCAAGGGGCGUAGGCGGGCGAGAAGCGGGCGCUGGGGCACGAUAAGUGUGCAGACGCAGGAGCACUUUGCGAUAGGAUGAGGCUCUUGGCUGGCGCGCGGUAGUACUAUGAUUUGGUAUGUGGCCACUUUGAUAGCAAGUGUGAUCAGCACCCGAGGUCUUGCGGCUCAAGGUGCCCACGGCCUGCGAGAGGAACCCGAGUUUGUGACUGCUCGAGCCGGUGAGGGUGUCGUCCUGAGAUGCGACGUCAUCCAUCCAGUGACGGGACAGCCCCCGCCCUAUGUUGUAGAGUGGUUCAAGUUUGGGGUCCCCAUCCCUAUCUUCAUCAAGUUUGGCUACUAUCCCCCACACGUGGACCCUGAAUAUGCAGGCCGGGCCAGUCUUCAUGACAAAGCAUCUCUGCGGCUGGAGCAAGUGCGCUCGGAGGACCAGGGCUGGUACGAAUGCAAAGUCCUUAUGCUGGACCAGCAGUAUGACACAUUCCACAACGGCAGCUGGGUCCAUCUCACCAUUAACGCCCCUCCCACCUUUACAGAAACACCCCCCCAGUACAUUGAGGCCAAGGAAGGGGGAAGUAUUACCAUGACUUGUACUGCUUUUGGGAACCCUAAGCCCAUCGUCACCUGGCUCAAGGAAGGGACCCUCCUCGGUGCUAGUGGAAAGUUCCAGGUGAGUGACGGUAGCCUGACGGUGACAUCAGUCAGUCGGGAAGACAGAGGCGCCUACACCUGCCGAGCGUACAGCAUCCAGGGCGAGGCUGUGCAUACAACUCAUCUGCUUGUUCAAGGGCCUCCCUUCAUUGUUUCCCCUCCUGAGAACAUCACCGUCAACAUCUCCCAGGAUGCUCUGCUUACCUGCAGGGCAGAGGCGUAUCCCGGCAACCUCACCUACACCUGGUACUGGCAGGAUGAGAACGUCUACUUCCAGAAUGACCUGAAGCUAAGGGUGCGGAUACUGAUUGAUGGGACCCUGAUCAUCUUCCGAGUGAAGCCAGAGGAUGCUGGAAAGUAUACCUGUGUCCCUAGCAACAGCCUGGGGCGCUCCCCCUCUGCCUCAGCAUACCUGACUGUGCAAUACCCAGCCCGUGUCCUCAACAUGCCCCCUGUCAUUUAUGUGCCCGUGGGAAUCCAUGGCUAUAUCCGCUGUCCUGUGGAUGCAGAGCCACCCGCUACUGUGGUGAAGUGGAAUAAGGAUGGCCGACCGCUGCAGGUAGAGAAGAACUUGGGUUGGACCUUGAUGGACGAUGGCUCUAUUCGCAUCGAGGAGGCCACAGAGGAGGCUCUUGGCACUUACACCUGUGUGCCUUACAACACCUUGGGGACCAUGGGCCAGUCUGCCCCUGCACGGCUUGUCCUGAAGGACCCCCCGUAUUUCACGGUGCUACCAGGCUGGGAGUACAGGCAGGAGGCCGGCCGGGAACUGCUCAUCCCCUGUGCAGCUGCAGGGGACCCCUUCCCUGUCAUCACCUGGAGGAAGGUCGGGAAGCCCAGCAGAAGCAAGCACAGUGCCCUGCCCAGCGGGAGUCUCCAGUUUCGUGCCCUGAGUAAGGAGGACCACGGGGAGUGGGAAUGUGUUGCCACCAAUGUGGUCACAAGCAUCACUGCCAGCACCCACCUCACUGUCAUCGGCACCAGUCCCCACGCCCCAGGCAGUGUCCGGGUCCAGGUCUCCAUGACAACUGCCAAUGUGUCCUGGGAGCCAGGCUAUGAUGGAGGCUACGAGCAGACAUUCUCAGUUUGGUACGGACCUCUGAUGAAGCGGGCUCAGUUUGGGCCCCACGACUGGCUGUCCUUGUCAGUGCCACCGGGCCCCAGCUGGUUGCUGGUAGACAGCCUGGAGCCCGAGACUGCAUACCAGUUCAGUGUCCUGGCCCAGAACAGGCUGGGAACCAGCGCCUUCAGUGAGGUGGUCACUGUGAACACUUUAGCAUUCCCUGUUACAACUCCAGAACCCCUGGUGCUGGUGACCCCACCAAGGUGCCUCACAGCCAACCGGACCCAGCAGGGUGUGCUCCUGUCCUGGCUUCCACCUGCCAAUCACAGCUUCCCCAUUGACCGAUAUAUCAUGGAGUUCCGAGUUGGGGAGCGCUGGGAGAUGCUAGACGAUGCCAUUCCAGGCACUGAUGGAGACUUUUUUGCCAAGGAUCUGUCACAGGAUACGUGGUAUGAGUUCCGGGUUUUGGCUGUCAUGCAGGAUCUGAUUAGCGAGCCCAGCAACAUCGCCGGUGUCUCCAGCACAGACAUCUUCCCACAGCCGGACCUGACUGAUGAUGGGCUGGCACGGCCAGUGUUGGCUGGGAUUGUGGCCACCAUCUGCUUCCUGGCGGCUGCCAUCCUCUUCAGCACGCUGGCUGCCUGCUUUGUCAACAAGCAGCGUAAGCGCAAACUCAAGCGGAAGAAAGAUCCUCCGCUUUCCAUCACUCACUGUAGAAAGAGUCUUGAGUCUCCCUUGUCCUCUGGCAAGGUGAGUCCCGAGAGCAUCCGCACACUCCGAGCCCCAUCCGAGUCCUCUGACGACCAGGGCCAGCCUGCCGCCAAGAGGAUGCUGAGCCCUACAAGGGAAAAAGAGCUGUCCCUGUACAAGAAGACCAAGAGAGCUAUCAGCAGCAGGAAAUAUAGCGUGGCCAAGGCUGAGGCUGAGGCCACCACACCCAUCGAGCUCAUCAGCCGAGGCCCCGAUGGCCGCUUUGUCAUGGGCCCCUCCGAGAUGGAGCCCUCAGUGAAGGGCCGGCGAAUUGAGGGCUUCCCCUUCGCUGAGGAGACGGACAUGUACCCUGAGUUCCGGCAGUCAGACGAGGAGAAUGAAGACACACUGGUGCCCACGUCUGUGGCGGCUCUGAAGCCUCAGCUGACCCCUCUGUCUUCCAGCCAGGGCUCUUACCUGCCACCACCAGCAUACAGCCCUCGGUUCCAGCCGCGUGCACUCGAGGGCCCCAGUGGGCUGGGAGGACGACUCCAGGCUACUGGCCAAGCGAGGCCCCCUGCCCCUCGGUCCUUCCACCAUGGCCAGUAUUAUGGGUACCUGAGCAGCAGCAGCCCUGGGGAGGUGGAGCCUCCGCCCUUCUACAUGCCAGAGGUGGGCAGUCCCUUGAGCUCGGUCAUGUCAUCCCCACCCCUGCACACCGAGGGGCCUUUUGGCCACCCCACCAUCCCCGAGGAAAACGGAGAGAAUGCUUCCAACAGCACUUUGCCCUUGACUCAGACACCUACGGGAGGGCGCUCCCCUGAGCCCUGGGGCCGGCCCGAAUUUCCCUUCGGGGGACUGGAGACCCCAGCCAUGAUGUUCCCCCAUCAGCUGCACCCCUGUGAUGUGGCCGAGAGUUUGCAGCCCAAGGCCUGCCUGCCCCGAGGACUGCCCCCAGCCCCCCUCCAGGUGCCUGCAGCCUAUCCAGGCAUGCUAUCUCUGGAGGCGCCCAAGGGCUGGGUAGGCAAAUCGCCCGGCAGGGGCCCCAUCCCGGCGCCCCCUACCACCAAGUGGCAGGACAGACCUAUGCAACCUCUGGUCAGCCAAGGGCAGCUAAGACAUACCAGCCAAGGUAUGGGGAUACCGGUGUUGCCUUACCCCGAGCCAACCGAGCCCGGGGGGCACGGUGGCCCCAGCACAUUUGGCCUGGACACCCGGUGGUACGAGCCCCAGCCCCGGCCCCGGCCCAGUCCCCGGCAGGCCCGGCGAGCCGAGCCCAGUUUACAUCAAGUGGUGCUACAGCCCUCCCGGCUCUCACCUCUGACCCAAAGCCCCCUCAGUUCCCGCACCGGCUCCCCCGAGCUAGCGGCUCGUGCCCGACCUCGCCCAGGCCUGCUGCAGCAGACUGAGAUGUCAGAGAUCACCCUCCAGCCGCCAGCCGCCGUCAGCUUCUCUCGCAAGUCCACGCCAUCCACCGGAUCUCCUUCACAGAGCAGUCGCAGCGGGAGCCCCAGCUACAGGCCCACCAUGGGCUUCACUACUCUGGCCACAGGCUACCCUUCUCCUCCGCCGGGCCCCGCCCCUCCCGCGCCAGGGGACAACUUGGAUGUGUUUGGACAGACACCUUCCCCUCGGAGAAUGGGGGAGGAGCCACUCCGGCCAGAGCCCCCAACAACCUUACCUAGUUCAGGAAUACUUCCACCUGCACCCGGGAACGCUGCUGUGCCUGAGAGGCUGGAGGCUCUGAGAUACCAACGGAUAAAGAAGCCCAAAAAGUCAUCCAAGGGCUCUUCGAAGUCAAAGAAACGAUCCGACGGUUCUGCCUCCCAGGCUCAGCAGCUUCCCAACUCUCAGGUUCUGUGGCCCGACGAAGCUGUCUGCCUCCGCAAGAAGAAGAGACACCCUCGUCCUGAUCCCUUUGCCCGACUUUCGGACUUGUGCCACCGCCAGCUACCGGAAGACCAGACGGCCAUCCUCAACAGCGUGGAUCAUGAUGACCCAGGCCACGCUACUCUGCUAUGACUUGACGUCACUCUAAGUGUCCCCAGGGUGGGGUGCUAGGCUAAGGGGGCAGAGAGGGACCGCUGUACAGGGUCUUGUCCUCCUCUGCCCAUCAUGGGUUGGCUCACGCCCUUGUCCUCGUGUGUCCCCUCCUGCCAGUGAGCCUCUCCCUCACAAUCUAGCUGGCUAGCCUUGCCCACAGGACUGGGGGAAGAGCUCUUACCUGUGGCUCAGAGUUGGGAGUAUGUGAAGACAGGAAACAUCUGUCUCGACACCACCUCUCCCACUUUACUAGAUUCUUCUCACCUCUUCAGAUGUCUUAGGAAGUGAAGAAGAGAAAAGCAAUGGCUUUUACUACUCUGCAUAUGUUUCAGUUUUCCAAGUCCCGGGAGGGGGAUAGAAUUACAUCCUGUCCUCCAAACUCCACAUAUAUAUAGAUAUAGAUACAAAUACACUUGUGUGUAGUUGGUGGGUUUCUCUAUGUGUAUAUAUAUGUACAUUGAAGCAAAGUGCUGUUUCUCCCUGUGGUGGCUGAAGGACUGAGGACGGUCCUGAACAGCUGGGCUUGGUGAGCAGGGCGGGCUAUGAGCUGGUGGGUGCCCUCAUGCCUGUCUUGGGAGAUCAUUCCAGCUGAAACCGGAUUCAGGCCUCACAGCUGAAUUCACCACUGUUCUUACUAGCCUCUCCCACCUAGAGCAGAAAUAGGGCCCUGCCAUGAUUUGUAGCCCCCUGCUUGGGGCGGGGGGUGAGCUACAAAUUACCCCUGAACUAAACCCAAGCCUUUACUGCCUACUUGUUAGGUGAGGAAAGCAUGGACAGGCUCAAGGCCAGACUGGCACCUUCCUUUCUUCUGCAGUUUGAGGCUCACCUUAGAAGCAGUGGUUGUUUAGCAGUGGGGCUGACAGGCAGGCCUGGUAUACAACCCCUGGUACAUGUGGUCACGCCUCGGUCUUUUCUGUUCCAGCCGGGGCUAGGAACCCUGUAGCCAAAAGCCCUCCUGUUCUGCAGCCACCUGUGCUGAGCCCCAAGCUGCCACAGCUCUAUUUAUACCCAUCUUGGCUCUGAAUGCAGAGCGCUGCUCCCCAGCGGCCGAUUGGCUCCUCCUUUCCUUUUGUGUCUGCUAAUUCUCCAGAUUGAUUAAUUGCCAUUUGUGGGAGCUGCCUGUGGCUCCUUGGCAUACUCUCUGUGUGCUGUCUGCCAACUCUGCUUUGCCCUGGGGUCCUUCACCACCUCCUGGACCCAGUCUCCAGUGCGUGAGAUGAAGAAGUGAGGGUACCUGUUGAGUUCUGGGGUGCUCUUUUCUCACUGCUCCAGUGUGGAGCUGGCUUAGCUGCAGGAAUGAACGAUGGUGGAAGGAGUGGUGGGUGGGCCCCAGGGCCCUUAUCCUUUCUCUGUACAAAGCCCGUCCUGGUUCAAACUGUUAGUACUCAGACGUUUUCCUGAUGCCAUUUGUCAAUUCAGAUACUUCUCUCUUUCCUGAAAAGGUCCUGGUGUUGCUCAAGUGUUGAGAGUGGGGAGUGGGGAGAGUGGGCUCACCCUCUCCCUACCUUCUCCCCUCCCCGCCGUCCCUGGCUUUGCCUAAAGUAGUGGUAACUGCCAGCUUCCCGGAAGUGUUCCUUCUUGGUGCUGCUGUGUCCAUCUCUCUCCAGUGACCUCCUCAGGCAUUAGCCAUGUCUACUGGAAGGCUUCUGCUGGUCCCACAGAAGCUACCAGUCAUUCGGCCUAGUGACUUUGAUGAGGUCGCGGGGGCUAGGAAACUGACUUUCUUUCAGCGCUUCCAUCUUGGGGGAUGGGCUGCAUCUCUGCAGCCAGGCCUUGGUGCUUCCUUCUCUCUCCCAGUGGGCUAGGAAUGGGCUCCACACUGAGGCUUCACACAAGCCACACUACCAUAGCUUUCUUCUGGACGUAGGGGAAAGAGGGGCGGAGGGCAGUUCUUUUGCUCUGAGAUUAGGCCGUGUGCCUCGGACCAUCUAACUCAUGUGAUUCUCAGAGGUGUUGGAGACCACUUGACCUCUGGACCUCAUCUCCAACAAAGCAGAAGAGUUGAGUUCGAAGACCCACGCCCUCUUUCAGAAGUGGGCCAUUGCUUCUGCCACUCUGCCACAAUGGGCUGCUCACUCCAGUGUCUCCUGGGGUUACUGGGGACAAAUCUACCUGAAAUACUGGGGUAGUGUUUGGAGGCUCACAGUGGCCUAGUGUGUGGUCGUUGCUCUGCUCUCUCGUAGCACGUAAUUCCUGAGCCAUGGAGUGUAAAAGUAUGUUGUUGGCGCUGGUUAGACCUUGUGCUGAAUUUGGCUAACUGUUCUGAGGACCCUCCUGGGAAUUCUGGCCCUGAUACUGUCUGGACCUGGAGGUCAGAAUGGAGGAGAAGUUGAGGUGGAAGACUGCUGCUUUCGGAUGUUGUAGGGCCAAGAGCCAAACCUUGUGGGCUGAGCUGUCUGAGUCCACGGCUAGGCUUGCAGGCUGUGUUAACAAAGGUGCUGACUUCUUCUUCUUCUUGUCUUUGGCAGUGUCCCUUUCCUCUGCCUAUCUGACCAAGAGGUGGAAACUGCUUCUGACUGGCCACUGGGUCACAGCUGUGCUAUUGUGUCCCCUGGACUCAGAAGGGGGACAGGGUCUAUCCAUUCCAAAGUGGUCUCUGACGCAUUCCCCUCCUAAGAGGUCUUCCUUCUUGUGACUUUUCUCGGAGGCCAGCAGCAUUUCUGCACUUUAGGAAACUUUCAUCUCUUCCUUUGGUGGCUGCAAAGCAAACUGGCAGGAUACCGCCCCCGUGGUCAGUGCGAUGAUCAGGGUGACAUAGGCACACCCUGGGCAUGUGUUUGACAGUCUGGCUAGAAAUGUGUGAUGUUGGGGUGUAUCCACAUCUAGGGACCAAUGACCUUUACACUCUGCCUUUGAACUUGGCAGUGACCACUAUGAGCUUCCUAGGGCUUUCACCCUCCUUGCCGUGGGAGGUGAUGUCUUCCAAGUCCUCCCCUUGCAUCCGGUAGCCUUGCAGAAGUAACACAGUUCAAAACCUAUUCCUGUACUCAGUAUUUUUUCUAUCUUUUCCUUCUGCAUCUUGACUUGGAAAUGCUCAGUGUUUAAUCCACAAUCAAGAAAGAGAGUCAACCUGGUCCCCAAAGGGCCAGAAAGACUCUAAUUUGGGGGGAAAGAAGAUGAAAAAUAAGAAGUGAAUCUUGCUUCUUUAUUCUGUGGCUGUCCACACAGAGCUCUGCUUCAAGGCUCUGAGUGGAACUCUGUGCAUCCAUGGUCAUUGGCAUUGGUGGCCAUUGUUCUGGCAUCUGAUGCUGGACUCUGCCUAAUGGCCAGCCUAUCUUCUCCCCACUUUUCUUAGAGGGACUAGAACAGGAGAGAAGAGGUCUUCAGAAAUUCUUUCUCAGUGGAAAGGGUGCUGUAUCACACAGCAGGAGCAGAUUUGCACUCUCCACAGGCUUGGCUUACGUUUGGGGGAGAGUUCAGAAGGAUGAGGACAAUUACUACUGAUAUUUUCCCAGUGCAUUCCCUCUUGGAUUUUUGCACAGUGAUCUAAACUAUUUGAGGUUGUGCAGAUUUUAAUUGUUUAUUCUUCUGCCCUUUUUAUACAGAGAAAACUGAGUAAGGUUGAGAUGUGGGAUUCCUUUCUUUCUCCCUCCUGGUGAGACUGGCACACACUAGCUUCAGGGGAGGAAUCCCAGAACAUUAGGGCAUCUUAGUUGCUUCCCAGGAUCUGUAUUUGAGGCUGAGGUAUGUGUAGCUUGAGCCAUUUCUUCUGAUUUUGAUAGCAGAAUCCUUUAGAAGUCUUGGGGUAGGCUGGGAGAAUUGUAGGUAUUUCAUUAGUAUGUAGAGAACUCUAGGAAUUGAAAAGCUAAUGGCUUGGGCUAGCUUUGCUUGCAUGUAAAAGUGCUUUGGGGGGGCACUGCAGGGACUUGGGGGUAGGAGAAUAAAGUCAAGGGAAGUGAUGGAGGGGUGGUGUAGGGAGGUAUCACUGCUGCUUUCUCUGGGAUCCUGAGCAUUUUUACUAGUGCUCAUUGGCUUGAUCCUACCCUUUGUGCAUGCUCAGAGACAAUGGAGGCUCAAGGUCUUGCUGAUUCCCUUUGUCUCUUGGGAAGAGCCUCUGGAAGACCCUUAGUAGCCAUUCUGCAUUGAAUAUAGUAGUUGAUUGGGCAGGUGUGGUUCAGGAAGAGAAGUUAGAGGGUUGGACCACGGAGAGAAGACUUGAUUGUGACCAGGUAUGUGAGACGGAGAAAGACAGAGCAUUAAAUUAAUUGUAGAGAGUACAGGAAUCCUGGGAUGACGAGGUGAAAAUGCAAAUAAGGCACCAAGCCUCUAGUUUUCUUUGUGGCCACUCUACCAGCCCAGGCGACAGUGCAGACGGUUGGAGUGGGAUCAUCACAAGGAAAUGAGUGACUGCCAGGGAGGGCCACAAGGAAUGGGUGCCCUUAGUGUGGGAAGGAUGUAGUCAUUGUGAACAGAUUGUGGGCAGGGCCUGGUAAGCAGACCAAGCCUGGAUCUUGGAAGAAAUCUUGCUUAAGGUAGGGCUUUUCUGUUUGUAGAACUGACUUUCUAACUCCAAGUGCUGAAUACAGUUUUUUUUUUUCUGUUUGUGGAGCUUCUCAGGUGAAACCUGGGAGACUGACCUUGAAAUGCUCAGUAACUGCUUUCCAGUAGAGAGGGAAGGUUCUCAGGAGCUUAGUGCUCAUUGUCCUGUCAGCUUUGGCACUCUGUGCUCCUCAUCUGUGUCUGAAAAGGCCCAUCGGACACUGGUGCUGAUGGUGCACAGGAGGCCAGGCCUCCGGACUUGUCAGUGUUGCUUGAGCUGUAGAGAAUGUUUUCAUCCUGGAGGUUACACAGUGGCCUGAUGUCUAGAGAUUGUGUCCUCAAUUUCUCUUUGUUUGAUAGGUUAAAUUUAUCACACUGUAGCUAAGAGAGUGAAAUAGUUUCACCUGAAAUCGGAGACUAUUUAUUCUGUACUCCUUACUGUAUCUAUCUUCCUCUUGGAUCAAGAGGAAUAACUGAAGAUCUCUUUAAGAGAAGUCAAUAAACUGAGUAUCAAAGCUCUGGUUGGACUCUAGUAACUCUCACCAAUUCAUGCAAGUUGGUAUUUGUGUGGGGCUGGCUUGUAACCAUUGCACCUUUUGAGGCUGAAUCAGCACAGGUCCAGAGCCUAAUAUCUGGGCCCAUGUCUUUACUUCCAAAUAAACCUUUCGGGAACAAACACACUGUCUGCACCAGAUGUUUGGUGUCUUGGAUUGCCAAGAGGGUAGAAUUUCUUUUCAUGACCUCAAUAAAAAUCCCUAAUCGAUUGAGUCUGAUCCAAAGACACUCCCAGAUCGUAGGGAUAUCUGUGUAGAUUAAAAAGAAUGCAUUAGUGCAAUCCUUUUUAGUGGCUGGCCGUGCCUUAGGAGGGGAGAGUUGGGGUAUCCUAACUGUUAAAUAGUUGGGUAGAUCAGCAGCCAGCCUUUGAAUCACUUGGACAUUCUCUUCUACAGUGGGUUGGUUGCAGCAGUUAGGGACUCUGAAGAGUGCUGGUGAACAGUGAUCAGCUUUGGACCCCUGGUUAAGGAAUUCAACCAAAGCAGCAUAUGAAACUCAGCUUGCAGCCAGGGCCUUGACUGUACCUUUCCCACCCAACUUAACAAUACGGCAACAGAAGUGAGGGUACUUGUUCUUCUGGAUUCUGAAGAAAUGUGUCCCAUCAAUCCCAUCUCCCACUGACAUUGAAUUUCCUGGAUCUGCUUUAGGAAGUAGAGCAAGCUCUCCCUCCACCCGCAUCCACACCAUUCAGGCUCUAUUUCCUUCUUCUUCCCACUUGUGUGUGUCUCCAGGAUCUCUGGCUUGUGCAUGGUCUACAAUAUGGAGGUGGUUGGGUUGGGGAGAGAACUAGGGCAGAUGUAGGGCUUGGACUGGGGGAGGGAAUUUUCAUUUUCAACCUUAAAAUACUGUAAGCAUGUUUUGGGGUGACUUGGGAUUUUCAGAUAAACGAUGGUUAGGGAAAUGCCUAAUGGUCCUCAUAUGGGAGGUGAGGACUUGGGGGACAUUUGGCUUCUUUUUGGCUUAGGAAUUUAUUUUAUGUGGUGGAGGAGAAUAAGCAUCCUCACAGUCACCCUGCAAACCUUGGAAGGGAAACUCGUUCUAUCACUGAAUAGUUAUAUUGCCUACUGAGAAUAAUUAAAUAGUCUGUCACAGGUAGACAUUGCCCUGGCUGGGUCAGAGACAUGGAUGGACGGCACCAGUUCCUCAUCAGGUGUCAGGUUAUCUGCCUGGUCAUGAAGCCCUGGCCAACUGUUUAUUCCAGUAUUCAGAAGGAAGUGUGUUAGAUGGGUGUGAGUAUGUGGGAUGCGUGUGGUGUAUAUAUGGUAUCUGUGUGUGUGCAGUGUGUGUGUGUGUGUGUGUGUGUGUGUGUGUGUGUGUGUGUGUGAUUUGUGUGUAUAUUUGAUGUAAGUGUGGGUAUGAGGGAACUGUAGAGACACCGCUUUGCCUGGGUAGCCUCAGGCCUAGUUAUGGCUGACUCUUUCUUUGCUAGACAAAUUUCUGUUUUGGUAGGAGGGUCAUACUCGUAAUACACCAUUUUGAGUGUAUUUUUUAUGGAGAUUGUAUGUAAAAUUAUAUAAAUAUAUAUAUAUAACUCGUUCUAUUUUAAGGUGAAAUGAAACUCACUGGGGGGAGGGCAAGAGUCAGAUGCAAUAGUGGUGACUAACAGUGGGAGCUUCAGGUAAGUUGUCCACAUGGGGAGUGGGAGGAGUGGGUGGGGGAAGAGACGUAAGCCGGGCAGGAGUGGAGGCUCGUGCCCUCUGCACACAUAUAUAAAUAUAAAGAAAACUUAUAUAAAGCUAUCUAUCUAGCAUACCUAUAUAUCUAUAUAUCUAUAUGAAGUCAUAGUUUGCUUUAUUUUUGUACUUGUGCUUAGAGACACUUUGAGCAGUAUCACCUACCCCAGGUGGUCUGGGGUGCUAGCUCAUGCCUUGAUGCCGCCUACGUCUCCAUCCUUCCUGAGACACGCUAUCUGUUUGAAGCUGCUUGAGUCUUUCCAAUAGAAAUGUGUAUAUAUGAAAAAAAUUCACGUCAUUUGCAGGAAGAGCAAGAGAGCUGACAAUGGAGAGCUUCUGGUAUGUCUCUUGUCGGGAGGGUGCCCUAACUCAUGCUGUUUGGUAGAGGUGCUCAGAAUAGAAAGGAUGGUGGAGAGCUAAGCAUGAAUCCAUGCCCUGUGGCUAAGGAUUGGUACUCAGUUCCUUGGAAAAAUUCUCGCUCAGCAUCUUGGACAGAGGGAGGUCAGGUUGUCUGGGUCAUAGAGUAACACUUGUCAUGGUUUGUAGUGCCUGGGCUCAUGCAGUCCCCUGUAGAAGGUGGGGGUGAGAUUUUUGAGGCUGACUGUGUGGGCUCAGUCUUGGAGAAGAUACACCCUGGUAAUUAUUGCUGCAGAUUCUUGGAACCAGUGUGAAUGUGAUAUCUAGUAUAAAUAUAGCAUCUGUGCUUUUUCAUUUAUUUUUUAAUUGGAAAAUAAAUUGUUGCCGGGAAUGGGGCAGGUGGUCUAGUCCUGGAACACUGAAUGGAAGAUUAGGAAUGAGAGACUGAUGCUGGGCAGAACUUGAAGGAUGAGUCCCACUGCCAUCUUCCUCCUGCUCAGUCCCAGACUCUGAAACUAAAUAAUGUAUUGAAAGAAGGUGGUGUGGGUGGGAGGAGUUCUUUUGUGUUUGGGCAGGAAUUUGUGUACUCUGAGGAAUACCUCUUUGAGAAUUCAAGAUCUCACAUAUGCGGUAAGCGCUAUGCGCCUUCAGCCUUAGCUGGUAUCUCCUGGUGCUAGCUCUUUCUUAUGUGCCAAGCGAUCAGAGCGAUUUAUGCUUGAGACCAUUUCAGAAGCCAGGAGAGACUCAUGCUGCAGUCUAGUUUUCCUGCUUCUCAGUCAAGAAAAGGCAAAAGUACCUCCUCUUCCCAAGCAGAACAUGAUGCUAGUCAAGAGAUCCUACCCCAGAAGCUUAACCAUGGGGAGGGCCUUUUGCGGGUUAGGGGUGAUGGGCAGAGUAGGGUGGAGUGGAGCUUGAGUCUACCUCCUGACCCCUAUGGAAACCUUAAAAUUCCCUUGCUCAAAGUACUCAAAUUUUCCAGGAUAUUGUGGGAAAAUGGGCUCUGUCCAUAUAAUACUGGAUGGGCUCCAGCACUGGGUCUAACUGGAAGUGUGUCUGGUCCUACCUGCAGCCUCUCUAGGAGGUCAAAGGAGGAUAUGGCUAGGUGUUUCUUGUACAUUUUCUGAGAGAUUGAGCAAGAGGAGGAACAGCAAAUUCUUUGUCCCUUCUUAGCUGGAGUCCCCUCCUCAUUUACCAAAGAGGGGUUUACAUUACAAAUUUUUGGUUCUUAGAGCCCACCUCUUCUCUUUGUAUGUAGACUCUAUCUCACUGCUGAUCAUAAGAGGCCAGCAGAGUUAGUCAUUUUAGCAUCUCAAGGCUCAUACUCCAUGAAGCCCAGGUUUGCUCUAAUGCUUUACUCUUUCCACAUUGAUCCAAAGGCUUGGUCAUUAGAAACCUCAGCAGCAUCAAGAUGCUUGAAUUCGCCCAUCCUAUUUCAUGAUGUCCAACUGACCCUUCUGUGGAAAUGGAAAGAUGGACUUGUUCUUUGCCCUGAAGUUUAAGGGCUUGGGGAAUAUGUUGCCUUUGCCCUUUCUAUGACCCAGACCUCAGUAAGAAAGGUGAGCAUUGGAGGAGAAAGGACUGGUUACUCAACAUUAGUCACCUAAUCCUCAGAAGAGCCAGCUUUCCACAAGGGAACACAGAGCAAAGAAGGUCAGGGUCUGAUGAUAUUUGGAAAAAAAGAGUUAUCUUAGAAUCUCUCAGUUAGUGGGAGGGGUGCUCUGAUAAAGCUGCUGCCUGCCAGGACCCUUAACUCUUUCGUAUACUUGAGAUUCACCUUGGUCCCUAGGUCAUGGGAAGGUUGUUGAACUGUGGUGUUCUUCCCUAUUGGUAGGAGAUAGGGACAGUCUAAAGAGAUUGAGUUUGGCUACCUCUGUCCUAUGGAAUGAAUGUGGAGACAGAUCUGAGAUUUGCUCUCCCAAGGGUUGCUAUAGCCCUGUCCUUUCUCCACUGUCCUCAACCAGGAGCCUGGGACAAAGGGUCACAUCCUCCACUCCUCAGCUUUUGCCUGGGUCUCAUCUUGUGCUAAGCUGCUCUAGUGGAACUAUCUUGGGCAAUAUGAAAGUAUGAGUUGGAGGACAGGAACAGCACCCCUCCUGUGGUGAGGAGUGGAUUAUGAUGUUGGAGUAGGGGUUUUUGUCCUGUUGUUGAGGAAGUGACUAGUGCCGCCUUCGAGGCCUGGAAGGAGUUGCUCUGUGGAGUGAUCUUGCUGCUGAGGUGUCACAGAGGGCGUGGUGGACCAAUGCUCUGUCACCGAGUCCCGAUGACCACCGUCAGAGUCUUAAAGAUCCAUUCAGAUUUCAUUUCUUAACUGCCAUUUGUGGGGCUGGAAAAUGAAGGCAGGGAUGGGGCACACUUCCCCAAGUACCUGCCCCUACGUCAUCCUGACUGAGCAGAUGGUAUCCUGCUUUGGUCAGCAACUCUGGUGCCCCCUUUAUCACCACCUUUUUCUCUUUCAUGAGGAGGGACUAUAUCACCUUGGACAUAUUUCUUCCUUCACUCACCCAAAGACAGUUUUUAUAUGGAUUCCUUUCCUCCUGUUACCCCAUUGUCUGCAGACAUAGAAAUGGGGAGUUGAAGGGGUCCUGGAACUCCCUGCCAGGGUCCCUCACAGGCUGCACACCUCUUGCACCUGGCAACCUCUUGGCUGUUAGUUUUAACACAUCUGGACAUGACUAUCAGUUUUGUCAUGAGAUUCCUUGCUCUCAUUUCAAACCUUUAUUCUUCCUUUGACUUUCUUUGGGGCUCUCCCCAUCCAUGCCUGGUCUUCCUGUGGAGACCACUCAGACCUCAUUUCCGUUUCUUGAAUGUUGAGUAUUACAUCACUAUGCUAGGGUGCUUCAUGGUGCUGCUCCUGAAGAGGCCAGCUGGACGGAAUCAGUCACCUUCGUCCCACUGGUUCCUUAGAUCUUGCUGUAUUUUGUCUCUAUUAGAUGUUGUUCCUUAGGGGCAUGGGGGUGGGAGACUUAGGGGUAGUUUUGUGUUCUCUUUCUCUCUCCUCACUUUUCCCCUCCUCUUCCUCCAUCCUUUUCCCUCUUUCUCUGUCUGUGUGUAUGGAUUGGUUAAAGUCAGUUAUAGGCAGCUGACUUUGGUUCCAAAUUAAAGUUAACCCACACAUUGUACAGCUGCGCAUAGAACACCUUUGAGUGAAUUUGGAUGGCAACUAGAGGCAUACUUUUUGAACUUCAGGUAUGUAACUGAAAAGUAAAUAAAAACACUAUUUUUUCAGUAAGCUUUUUUUUUCUUCUAAAAGAUAACUUAAAAAAAUCAAACUCUAAGAACAUUAAAUUGGUGCUGUACCAAAGCCUUAUGACAUAUUCUACACUCUGUAUGUUCUGUCUCUGGGGAGCCCCCUGCUUUAUCACUCUUCUCAAAAGCCUGAGAAUGCCAGUGUGUGUCAAGCCUGGGGCUGGCUCCUGGAGACCUGUGGGCCAAAAGGGACUCUUGGGAGCAGAAGAUGAUGUUGGAAGUGGGGUGCCCAUCUUCUGCCUGAGCAGAUACUGAGGGAAACCAGGUGUUGUUGUGUGUGGCAUGCAUGUGCGUGCAUGUGUGUGUGGGUGCAUGCAUGUGUGCAUGAACUCACCAGUGCAUAGUGCCAAAGUGAAUGCACUACCGGAAGGUUGGAAGAGAGACCCAGGUAGGCCUGGGUGUGGGGUGGCCAUGGGAGUGAGGGGCAUGCUCCUUCCUGUUUCCCAUUUCCCCUUUCUUCUAGGUUAGUAGUGGAGGUGUAUCAGAAACAGCUACACUCUCAACAGGUGCUUUCCCCCCUCAAAAUCUCCAAACUAAGUAUCUGUGAAGGGCCUGUCGAUGGGGCAGGCACCUCAACUACCAAAUCCUAACCGCCUAAGGCUGAGAGGAAACUUUUUUUCUCUCCAGCCCUUGCCUAGUUUCUUGGGGACAAAGGUUUCUCCAGGGAUCUCUGCAUCUCCUGUCCCUUGGCCUGGGUGGGCUCCUUAGCCCAUUGAGAAGGCCUCACUGUGGGUGACCCAUAGCUGAACCUGCUCCGUGGUCCCAAUCAAUAAUGCCUGCCCUGGCUGCUGAGGACAGUGACUGUUGGCCUCAGGCUUGUCAGUGUAAAAGCUGAGCACCCACCCAGAUUCCUUCGGGAGGAGAUGUGCAGUCUGCCUUGGCCUGGACUGCUCUUCCAGGCUUCAUUCACCUGCUGGUACUUUCAGGCUUGCUGAAACUAAUCAACUCAUCACCAAUAACACUGCAUGUUCAUCUCUGCAAACAAACAUCAGUACAUAAGCAAACACAGGAAAAGAGAGAGAAAGGAGGCACAUCUCAUAACCAGAUGUGUAGCCAGUGAAGGCACCCUUGGGGAUAUUGCAAGCUAAGCUGAUUACAAACGUUUAGUAUUUAAUUGCUCCUCAUGUAACAUUACUCUGCUUCAGAAAUGUUUUGUAUUUUGAUAUAAAUAAAAAUUUGCUUAAAAA